AUGGAUUCCAAAGAUGAAAGCUCACACGUGUGGCCUACAUCUGCAGAGCACGAAGAGAAUGCUGCACAGGUGCACUUUGUUCCUGACGCCGGAACUGUGGCUCAGAUCGUCUACACCGAUGACCAGGUUCGUCCGCCCCAGCAGGUGGUGUACACGGCAGAUGGUACCUCCUACACUUCAGUGGACGGCCCUGAGCACACCCUGGUGUACAUCCAUCCUGUGGAAGCUGCACAGACUCUGUUUACAGACCCAGGGCAGGUAGCUUAUGUCCAACAGGAUGCUACAGCUCAGCAGGCCUCGUUACCGGUGCAUAACCAGGUGUUACCUUCAAUUGAGGCUGUGGAUGGUUCGGACCCUUUGGCCUCUCUGCAGAACCCUAUGGGUAGGCUGGAGGCCAAGGAGGAGGAGGAUGACGAUGAGGAGGAAGAUACUGAGGAGGAGGAGGAGGAAGAUGGUGAAGACACGGACCUGGAUGACUGGGAACCAGAUCCCCCUCGGCCCUUCGACCCGCAUGACUUAUGGUGUGAGGAGUGUAAUAAUGCACAUUCUUCAGUGUGCCCAAAGCAUGGCCCCUUGCAUCCCAUCCCUAACCGGCCUGUGCUCACUAGAGCGAGAGCAAGCCUCCCCCUGGUCCUCUACAUCGACAGGUUCCUCGGAGGGGUGUUCUCCAAAAGGCGCAUUCCUAAGCGCACCCAGUUUGGCCCUGUGGAGGGACCCCUCGUCAGGGAGUCUGAGCUGAAAGACUGUUACAUUCAUCUGAAGGUUUCUCUUGAUAAAGGGGACAGAAAAGACCGAGAUUUGCAUGAAGACCUGUGGUUUGAAUUAUCUGAUGAGACCCUUUGUAACUGGAUGAUGUUUGUACGUCCAGCCCAGAAUCACCUGGAGCAGAACCUGGUGGCUUACCAAUAUGGCCACCAUGUGUAUUACACCACAAUAAAGAAUGUAGAACCCAAACAAGAACUGAAGGUGUGGUACGCUGCAUCCUAUGCUGAGUUUGUGAACCAGAAAAUUCAUGACAUUUCUGAGGAAGAAAGGAAAGUUCUUCGUGAGCAAGAGAAGAAUUGGCCCUGCUAUGAAUGUAACCGCCGAUUUAUAAGCUCGGAGCAGUUGCAACAGCAUCUCAAUUCCCAUGAUGAAAAACUUGAUGUGUUUAGCAGAACAAGAGGCAGAGGAAGGGGACGAGGCAAGAGGCGAUUUGGCCCUGGUCGACGGCCAGGACGCCCUCCAAAAUUUAUCCGCUUGGAAAUAGCCAGCGAAAAUGGGGACAAAUGUGAUGACGGGACACAGGACUUGCUACAUUUUUCCACCAAGGAGCAGUUUGAUGAGGCUGAGCCAGCUACUCUGAAUGGGCUGGAUCAACCAGAACAGCCCACUCUCCCCAUCCCUCAGCUGCCACAGGAAACCCAGCCUUCUUUGGAACACGAGCCAGAAACUCAUAGCCUACAUCUGCAGCCCCAGCACGAGGAGAGCACGCUGCCCACCCAGAGCACUCUGACGGCCGAUGACAUGCGCAGAGCCAAGCGUAUCCGACUGGAGCUGCAGAAUGCAGCUCUUCAGCAUCUGUUUAUUCGGAAGUCCUUCCGGCCUUUUAAGUGUUUGCAAUGUGGGAAGGCCUUCCGUGAAAAGGACAAACUGGACCAACAUUUGCGCUUCCACGGGCGGGAGGGGAACUGCCCGCUGACCUGUGAUCUCUGUAACAAGGGCUUCAUCAGCAGUGCGUCCUUGGAGAGCCACAUGAAACUCCAUUCGGACCAGAAGACUUAUUCUUGCAUUUUUUGCCCAGAAUCCUUUGACCGCCUUGAUUUGUUGAAGGAUCAUGUGGCCAUUCAUAUCAAUGAUGGCUGCUUUACAUGCCCAACUUGUAAGAAACGAUUCCCAGAUUUUAUCCAGGUGAAAAAACAUGUGCGAAGCUUCCACUCAGAAAAGAUCUACCAGUGUACAGAGUGCGACAAGGCCUUCUGCCGUCCUGACAAACUGCGUCUUCACAUGCUCCGACAUUCAGACCGCAAAGAUUUCCUGUGUUCCACAUGUGGGAAGCAAUUUAAGCGAAAAGACAAACUACGGGAACAUAUGCAGAGGAUGCACAACCCUGAGAGGGAGGCCAAGAAAGCUGACCGCAUCAGCCGCUCUAAGACGUUCAAGCCUCGUAUCACAUCCACGGACUACGACAGCUUCACAUUCAAGUGCCGCCUGUGUAUGAUGGGCUUCCGGAGACGAGGCAUGCUGGUAAAUCACUUAUCAAAGAGGCACCCAGACAUGAAGAUAGAAGAGGUGCCAGAGUUAACUCUACCCAUCAUAAAGCCCAACCGUGAUUACUUUUGUCAGUACUGUGAUAAGGUUUAUAAAAGUGCCAGCAAACGAAAAGCCCAUAUUCUGAAGAACCAUCCAGGGGCUGAGCUCCCACCAAGCAUUCGCAAACUCCGUCCAGCUGGCCCAGGAGAACCAGACCCCAUGCUGAGCACCCACACCCAGCUCACGGGCACAAUAGCUACCCCUCCCGUGUGCUGUCCUCACUGCUCCAAACAGUACAGCAGCAAGACCAAGAUGGUACAGCACAUUCGAAAGAAGCAUCCAGAGUACGCCCAGCUCCCUAACACCUUACAUCCACCGCUCACGACAGCUGUGAUCAGUGCUGCCCCGGCUGUGUUAACCACAGACAGUGCUACCGGGGAGACCGUGGUGACAACAGACCUCCUAACCCAAGCCAUGACAGAGCUGUCCCAGACCUUAACAACCGAUUACCGAACGUCGCAGGGGGACUACCAGAGAAUUCAGUAUAUUCCUGUGUCACAGUCAACAUCCGGUCUUCAGCAACCUCAGCACAUACAGCUUCAAGUGGUGCAAGUGGCUCCGGCCACUUCCCCACACCAGUCUCAGCAGUCCACUGUGGACGUUGGCCAGCUCCACGACCCUCAGACCUACACCCAGCAUGCCAUCCAGGUGCAGCACAUCCAAGUCACAGAGCCCACUUCCUCCACCCCCUCAUCUUCCCAGGUAACUGGGCAGCCCUUGAGCCCUGCCUCCCAGCAGUCCCAGCAAGGCCUCAGCCCCUCGCAGAUACAAGGCGGCGCCUCCACGCCGGGCCAGGCUCUCCAGCAGCAGCAGGGUUCCUCUGUACAACACACCUACCUACCCAACGCUUGGAACUCCUUCCGUGGCUACUCAUCGGAGAUUCAAAUGAUGACACUUCCCCCAGGUCAGUUUGUGAUUACAGACAGUGGUGUGGCCACUCCUGUCACCACUGGCCAAGUAAAGGCAGUUACGCCGGGUCAUUAUGUGUUAUCAGAAAGUCAACCAGAAUUGGAGGAAAAGCAAGCUUCUGCUCUCUCCACGGGAGUCCAGGUUCAGCCAGCUACACACAGUGACUUGGACCCCCAGACCACCAGCCAACAGCAGCCGACACAGUACAUCAUUACAACCACCACCAACGGGAAUGGGAGCAGCGAAGUGCAUAUCACUAAACCUUAACUUCUACCCUUGAGCUUGAAUCCAGCAGUCACAUCAUGUCUUUUCUCAUCCAUAAGUUUGAAAGCUUCCAACACUUGGAACUCUUUUUUUUUUUAAGAUUUAUCAUUCACUCAAGAAUUUGGAAACCACAGUUUUGACACUCUACACACACUGGGGCUCCUUUUAUCAAGGUCAUCUUUACCAAAUUGACUCUUCAAACCCUAGGAGCUUCUGCCAUGGAACGGAGAUCUUUCAGGGGAAAGUAGAUUUCAAGGUGGAGAAACUUCGCCUUACUCUUGAGUUGGUUUUUUAACACAUUGAUAGGCCUUACUUUUCCUUUGUGGAAAUAUUAAGUGGUGUAUCACGUUUGUACCAAAGGUGGAGAAAGGAUGUGCCAAGUCCAUGGCCACUGGACUUCUUCAUUCAAAGCCAUGGCACCGAAGGAGAAGGGCAUUUUAUUCAGUCAGAACUGCUUCAUCUUUUGAGUUUGCAUUUUCAGUAAUUUAACAAGGGGAGCCUAUUGAAUAUGAAAAUAAAGAUGAUGAAACAGA